GUGUCAACAAAUUAGUUCCAAAAUCUCCGUUACGAGCCGCCACUGUACCAAGUAGUGACUCAAAGCUAAUUAGUGUGUAUGCGUGGGUGAGCUGUGUUUACAAGAAUUCGUUGCUAUGGCAACAAUUUUGAAUCACGACAAGAGUGCAUAAAUAUUUUUAGCAAUAUUUGCGAGAUUUAUUAUUUUAUAUAUAAUAUUUUAUGAAACAUACAACAAAAUAAUGGACGUAGUAGUAGAAUCGGACGCUCAAAUUAUUCUAAGCAUAAAAGAAGGAAGAUAUUUUGAACAAGUUUUACAACCAACAAUGUUAGUUGGAACUUUAAAUGGGCAUUCCUUAGAAACUGACAAAGUUGAGUCAAAUUCGAAUCCACAAUAUGAUACUGAUCUGGUAUGGGAAACCAAUAAAAAUCUAUUAAGAAAAAUGCGAUCAGGACAAACAAUAUUGAAGUUGGAAUGUUAUGCUUUUAAAGAAAAUGAGAGUAAAGAAAAAAUUGGACAUGUUCUGUUAAAUAUACGUUCUGCACACUUAGUAUAUAAAUAUGGAAAUCUAAAUCAAAAAGCAAGUUGGCAUAAAUUGAUAGGAUUAAGAAAUGAUCUUAAAACACAUAAACCUGAAUUACUUCUGAUAUUGAGAAUUGAAGAUUGCAAAAAUACAAGUUCAAAUACAGUAUUAGAGAAAUGUCCAGAAGUUGAGUCUUACAAAAAUUCUAGUGGUGACUUUAAAAAAUUUGACUCAAUUGGCACUUCCGACGAAACGAAAUGUGCAACGGAAUACAAAUAUGCAAAUGAGCAAUUCACUGAUUGUCAACGCAUAAAAAGUCAAAUGGAUAAAAUGACGUGUUUAUGCUCGAGUGAUACUACAGUCUGCAAUUGCAUUAACACUAAAUGUAUAGGAUCUUAUCAUUGUUAUUGUCUAUAUAUUUCACUUAUGACGAUAACAUUUGUAUCCCCAAAAUUAUCUGGAAAACGAAUUGAAUUUCGAUUUCAACAUCCUAAAGCUAAGAUGACGUCAACAGCGUAUGCAACAAUGUCAGUUUUAUCAGGCGAAAAAACUAAAUUACAAAAUAUUGGAUGUCAGUUUCAUUUUAUAUCCAUGCCAGACGAAAUUAAACAGUUACUGGAGUCUUUUCCACCAAAGAUUAGCAUGUAUGAUACAAAUGAAGGCGCUAAACUAUUGUCGCUAUUAAAGUUGGAUUUGAAACCAUUAUUUAAUCAAGAUAAGCCUUUGUGUCAAUAUAAAUUAUCUUUGCACGAUGCAGAUCAAAAUAAAAUUGGUGAUAUAGAUGUUAUGUUCAAACUGGAGAAUCGUGGACCACAUCUUUUACUUAAAAAAGAAACUACUGGUAAAAACUUAGAUCCUCCGAUAUUAGAUGAUAGCUUGGCGUAUAAAAUAGUAGAUGAACUCGAAACAUGGAAAGAACGUGAAAAGGAAAUGUUUAAAGCUGAGCUCAAGAGGAAAGAAGAACGACACUUAAAUAUACUGAGUGAGGAAUGGCGAAGACAAAAGGAAAACUUAGAAUCGAAACUUGCAUGCAGUGUUGAACAAUGUAAGAUACUAGCGAACAGUUUGAAUAACGCCACUGAAGAUUUAAGAAUGCGUAGAUUAAAGAGUUUGGAAAAUGAGACUAGAUUGAUUAAAGCAAACGAGGACAUACAAUGGAGAUAUGAAGUUAAAUUACAGGAGCUUAAGGAUUCUUGGCAUGCAAUGCAGAAUGAUCUUACAGAAAAGGUAAGCAAACUCGAGGAAAAGAAAACUGCUCUAGAAGCGCAAGUAGAAAUAUUGAUGUACGAAAAUGAAAAUUUAAAAUCAUCGAUAAGCAAACAGACAAAUGAAUUACAAACAUAUCAGGAGAAAUCCUUAACUCAAAAUCAGACAACAUCACUUCUGCAAGAGAUAAAAAUACUUAAAGAAAAAUUGGACAAUACCCAAAAGGGGAAAUCAUAUUUUAAAGAGGAGUGGGGCAAAGCUGUUCGUGAAAUACAAAGAAUGAAAAUUGAUCAUCAUCAAGUUCAAAUAAAGAACAGUAAAGAGGAACUAAAAAACGUCGACUUGGCGGAAGUUUUAUCUAUAGACACAAGAGCUUUGAACGAUGAUCAAAUUCUUUUGAACGAACUGCAGAAGGAAAUUGACAUAAUCAAGCCGAAGCAAUCUUUCGCUCCGAAAGAAACUUAUAGUCAAAUCUUUGCGCCAGUCCACAAUAUCUACUCUAAAGUUUCUUGUAACAAAACUGUACCUGGUAAACCGAAGGAGUGCAACGAGCGAUUACAAACGCUGAAGGAAGAACGCGACUCUCUUUUAAGGACCGGGAGUUACGCGUUAGAUGACAUAAUAAUUAAAAAGCUCGAUACAGAGAUACGAUCUUUAAUGCUCUUAUAAAGUACGGAAGUACAUCUAAAGGAGCGGGAUAAUUUCUCAACCAUUUCGGUCCGAAAGAAAUCACCUCUCGCUUCGGAUCGAGCCAUAUUCCCGCAGGUAAAUAAAUAUCACGAGUAAUGGCACCCUCUUCAAUCACUGGAGCA